UGGACAUUGGUUAUGUAGUUCAAUGUCCAUGUUUUUAUGGACAUAGAGGCGCUUCGAAAAAAGUUACAGCUAAAUCGCGGACAUGCCUACUCUCAGGCUUCUCUCUGGUUUUAUUUCGCUUUGUCAGAUGGGAUAUUCAACAUAUUCAAUUUAAUCACCAUUUGCAGAACAUUUAUUUUGCAAUUAAUUGAAAGUUUUCUGUGCUGAGGUUAUAUUUCUAGAUUUAGGAGAAUAAUCCAAUUUCAGUGCAAGGAAUUUCCAACAGUUACAAAAUAAACAGUCUACUGAACGUAACCAAUAACGAUUGAUAUUUGUAGUUGCUAAUGGUUGCCUUUGUUGACAUACAAUUUUAAUCAACAUGAUACGUUCAUACUCAGUAAGAUCUAGUAAGGUUAUCCGACAGGAUUGAAAAAUUAACUAUUAUAAAUGGCAGAGGCAAAGCGAAUAAAUCAGUCUAUGAAACAUGAUCCAAAACAAGAUUCAGCAGACACAGCACAGGAAGAAGAAAAAAAGCACAUGAAUUUGGAAACUUUUGAGGAUGUUGGAGAGACAGUUCAGCAGCCAGUUUAUCAGAUUCGACCACAUCUUCAUGAAAAGUUUAAACCUCUAAGUGCAAAAGAAAUAAUACAUGACGUGCUAUUUGAUCAACUUGCUAUGAAAUCAUAUGAUGCUCAGGCAGCUGCUCAAUGGACCAAAGAUAUAGCAGAUAUUAUUGAAAUAAAAAUUAAAGAAUUACAAUUUAAGAGAUAUAAGUAUAUUGUCAAUGUUGUUUUGGGACAGCAACAUGGUGCUGGAAUAAAAAUAGGUACACGAUGUAUUUGGGAUGCUGAAGCUGAUACAUAUGCCUAUGAUAGUUUUAUUAAUUCAUUCAAAGGCACUGAGGCAUUUUCAAUGACGGAAGAUUAAUUACUACAUGGGCUGAGAGCGCAGCAACCAGUGUUACUAAUAGUAAUUCAAUACAAACAGACAUAAUUGCAAGGGCAACUAUAUAUUAAGGUAAUUAAGAUAAUGUUAAUUGCCGAUUCUGAUUUCGCUAAUUUGCUAGCUAGCAAUUAAUUAUUGGACUUAAUUUAUUAGUAAACUUUAAUUGGAUUCAAUUUACAAUAUGAUCAGAUUAUUAGAAUCAUUUAUAUCCAGAUUAUAAUCAUUUUUGUUAUUUAUUUAAAUACACGAAUAUAAAUCAGACUACUUCGUGCAGUAUUUGCAAUUUUUAAUUUUUUUGCGGUAUUUAGU